AAACAGUUUUGGAAUAAUUCAUGACGUCGCGCUGUAAACACGACUGACGUUCAGCUGCGUGGCCAAAGCAUCCACCAAGCGCCCAAGACAUCUCCAGGUUUCUGUUGAGUUUAGCGUUAUUUCUCGACGGGACCGCUGAAAGGCACUCAAAUAAACUGCGGUCCACCUGGAGUCUCAUAUGCGGUCUCCAAAACCAAGACAUUUUGUAGCAAUUUUCCUACUAAGUGCCAUGGCUAGGAACACGGACACCCCCUCCUCUUACUAUGGUGAGCCGCGCAAGUUUGACCCAAAGUUCAGAGGACCUGUUCACAAAAGGUGCUGCACUGAUGUGGUUUGCUGUGUUAUCUUCAUCAUUGUCAUCCUUGGCUACAUCGCUUUGGGUACCGUGGCCUGGAUUCAUGGCGACCCCAGGAAGGUGGUCUAUCCAACCGACAGCCACGGUCAGUUCUGUGGCCACCAGGACACCCCCAACGCAAACAAAGCCAUAUUAUUCUACUUCAACAUGUUGAAAUGUGCCAAUCCUGCAGUUUUGAUAAACCUCCAGUGCCCUACAACCCAGCUUUGUGUCUCCAAGUGCCCUGACAGAUUCUCAACUCUCCUGGAUGCGUGGAAUACCAACAACUGGCAGUAUUACAAGCAAUUCUGCAAGCCAGGCUUUGAGAUUAGCAGUAAGUCAGUUGGAGAAGUCAUACGGGAUGAAGACUGCCCGUCUAUAAUUGUGCCAAGCAGACCUUUCCUUCAGCGGUGCUUCCCUGAUUUCAUUACAAGAAAUGGAGUUUUGAUGGUAGCCAAUCAGACCAUCUUCAAAGACGGUGACAACAACCAGAGAAGUGUCAACGACCUAAAAGAUGCUGCCAACGGGGAAUCAUCCUUGCUGAAUGCCAAAGAAGUUGGCAUGAAGAUCUUUGAGGAUUAUGCAAAUUCUUGGAACUGGAUCCUCAUUGGUCUGGUUAUAACCAUGGCGGUCAGUCUGGUCUUUAUCUUGCUGCUGCGCUACACUGCUGGCGUGUUCCUGUGGCUCAUUGUCUUCAGUGUGAUCACUGCGAUCGGCUACGGUAUCUGGCAUUGCUAUUGGGAGUACAGCACAUUGAGCGGGAAGCCAGGCGCUAAUAUCACCAUCUCUGAUAUCGGCUUCCACACAGACUUGAGCAUUUUCCUUCAGCUCAGACAGACGUGGCUUAUCUUCAUGAUCUGUCUUUCUGUGAUUGAGGCCAUCAUUGUGGUUCUGCUGAUAUUGAGGACAAGGCUGCGCAUCGCUGUUGCUUUAUUGAAGGAGGGAAGCAGGGCCAUCAGCUACAUCAUGUCCACUCUCUUCUACCCAAUCAUCACCUUUCUCCUUCUGGCCAUCUGCAUUGCUUAUUGGGUCGUCACAGCAGUCUUCUUAGCAUCAUCUGGUAAUGCAGUCUACAAGGUUGCUCCUGCUGACGAUAAAUGCAUGUAUGCCAACCUCACAUGCAGUCCAAAGACGUUCAAUCAAACCAAUAUUACCAAACUGUGCCCCGGGUCACAGUGCAUGUUUGCCUUCUACGGUGGAGAAAGUGUGUACCAUCGCUACAUCCUAGUCCUCCAUGUGUGUAACCUGUUUGUGUUCCUCUGGCUGGUCAACUUUACCAUGGCGCUGGGCCAGUGUGCCCUGGCUGGGGCCUUCGCGUCCUACUACUGGGCCCUGAAGAAGCCAAACGACAUCCCUGCAUGCCCCCUCUACUCUUCUUUCAGCCGAGCCAUACGUUACCACACAGGUUCUCUUGCCUUUGGUUCUCUGAUCCUCUCUGUGGUCCAGAUGUUCCGAAUUGUUCUGGAGUACCUGGAUCACAAACUGAAAGGUUCUCAAAAUGCAUGCACUCGAUUCAUGCUUUGCUGCCUCAAAUGCUGCUUCUGGUGCCUGGAACAUUUCAUCAGGUUUAUAAACAGAAACGCAUACAUUAUGAUAGCAAUAUAUGGAAAGAACUUCUGCACCUCUUCCAAGGAUGCUUUCUUUCUCUUGAUGAGGAACGUUAUAAGGGUGGCUGUCCUCGACAAGGUGACAGACUUUCUGCUCUUCUUGGGAAAACUGCUUAUUUCAGGAAGUGUUGGUGUUCUUGCAUUUUUCUUCUUCACACAUAAAAUACCAGUCAUUCAAGGGGACGCGCCAUCCCUAAAUUACUGCUGGGUCCCCCUUCUGACGGUGAUAUUUGGAUCCUACAUGAUUGCACAUGGCUUUUUAAACGUCUAUGCCAUGUGUGUGGACACGCUGUUCCUGUGCUUUUGUGAAGACCUAGAGAGGAAUGAUGGUUCCUCUUCCAGGCCCUACUACAUGUCUCCUGGCCUGCACAAGAUCCUGCGCAAAGGAGAGGAGGGUGCCAAAUUAUGCGCUGCCUCUUGAGCGAUGUGCAGCCCUAUUUACUGCUACCAUAACUGUUGACUCUCUCACUCACUUCUCCAUAGCUACUGUAUGUGUUGGGGUCUGGACAUUUGAGAGCGAGUACUGUAGGGCUAAACAUCAAAAUUGGAUGCAUCCCAGCCUGGUCAGGACAUGAAAGGACAUGCUUUUACUUCGGUUCCUCCCAGAAAAGGCAUGGGCGACUAGAAAAGACCAGUUUCCUCACUCUCUUGAGUCAACUCAGAUACUUGCCUUUUUUUCUGCCACGCUUGUUUUCUUUUUUCUUCUCUGUAUUCUCUUCUGACCUCUGCCUUACUGAGAGGGUACAUGCUAACUCGCAGGACGGACGCACAGGCUAAGAUGAAUAUGACAUGAGCAUUUUUACCCAAACAAACAUAAGGACCUUAAGAUGUACAUAUGCCACUGAUGGACUAUGUAUGGCAUAAGUCUUUAAUAUAAAAAGUGGUGGACCUAUGGGGCACACCUCUUGUCGCACUUUGGUCUUCUAGUGUAAAAUCAUGUUUUGUAUGCACUUUCACAUGUGGGAAAAGAACCAUGUGAUUUAUUUCUUCUGUCAAGCAUGAUUAUUUUGCUGGCUGUUGAUAUUUACCAUUGGCUUUAUAUGUUGCUUUGAUCCACCGUAUUUAUACUUACACAGAUCCAAAAAUGGUGUGUAUUUCUGCACUUAGCAAAACCGUUUUCUCUUAUUUUACAUAAUUAUAAAAAAGAAAAGACGGUCACACUCAUUUCAAAGUUUCCAUUAUAAAGAUCAGCUCUAUAAACCAGACAGAGACUUUGUGGGAGGUUAAGACUUUAAAAUACACUUUAUUGAUUUUUGCUUACGAUUUGAAUAGAACCUGACAGUUUUCAGGACACUUCUGAAUGCAGCCACUAGUUUAUGUGCCUAGUUGUGAAAAAAA